AUGAAUUCGAGGUUUGGAAGGGCAGGUUUCAACCGUUUUGGUAAUGGGAAAUCUAAAGAACACAGGUUUGCUUUGAAAAACGGUGGUGAACUUGGAGGUUUAAGCAAUGACGGAAAUACCUGCUUUAUGAAUUCAAUAAUACAAUCACUUGCUUCAUCUAGGCAGUUGUUGAAAUUUAUCGAUUCCUACCUCUAUGCAGAAAUUGAAAUCGAUACAAACAAGAUAACUGGAGAAAAAAUCAAAAUCAAAUCCAAUCAGCCUAAUCCGGAAUUAACGUUUACCAAUGCUUUAAAGACUCUUUUGGAUAACGUUAACGGGAAGUAUGGUUCAAGAAGUAAGGAGUUUACAACUAAACAAUUGUUGAAUAAGAUGCCAAAUGGUCCUAAACAGAACUUUUUCAGUGGAUAUAACCAAGAAGAUGCACAAGAGUUUUAUCAGUUGAUAAUGAAUCUCUUGGAAAAAGAGUUUAAAAAAAUGAGUGUUAGUCGACUUCCAACUCCUGAACCGGAAACUGAUCAAGCGGAGGAGGAAAAGAAAAAGAAGAAGGAGAAGGAGAAUAUAUUUAUUGAUGUGCGGAAUUUGAAAGAAAUCAUAUCUGGCUGUAAUAGAUUGGGAAAAUUGGGUACUGUUUACGUACCAGCAAGGCAGGUUGAUCCUAAUCUAGUUGACGCUGAACAUAAAGUAGUUCCGCUAGAGUUGAUCACCCCGGUUGACGGAAUAACUGCUGAAAGAGUUGGAUGUUUGACGUGUGGAGAACUGGGUGGUAUACGAUAUGCAGUCAAUAGUGGACUAAGUUUGAACUUACCUAAUGGCCAAACGUAUUAUUCCGGGUUCACGCUUGAACAAUUACUCAACGAAUGGAUAAAACCAGAGACUAUUGAUGAUGUCAAUUGUAAUAGAUGUGGGUUAAUGCAAACGCGGAAUUUGCUAGCGGCAACAUUGACAGAGCUUGAAAGAAGUCCCAAUAAUACCACAGCAAUACAAAAGUUAGAAGCAAGAUUAAAACUUAUAGAAAUAGAAUUAGCCAAAAACGAAGUAACGGAUGAAGCAUUUGAAAAAUUAACGACAAAGAACUUGAUAAAAAAGAGUAGAAAAACAAAGCAGAUAUUUAUGGAUAGACCACCUCCUUUGCUCAGUAUACAUAUCAAUCGCUCACAAUUUGACCCGAGAACUUAUAUGGUUGUUAAAAACCCAAGCAAUGUUACGUUUCCUGCUGUUUUGAAUCUUUCGAGAUACAUUGUUGAGCCAAAUGAUAUAAACAUGGAUGCAAGAUUGCCAUUCAGAAAACAAGAUAAAGAAUUGAAUCAAAGCUUGGCUAAUACUACAGCAAAUGGUGGUGAGUUUAUGCUGGCAUUAGAUAAUAAUAAUUAUAGUAACAAUGGCAAUGAUAAUUACGAGGAGUCCUUAUCUGCAUCAACCGCGUCAUCACAAACGGCAUCUUUUGAGGAGAAACCCGCCGAGUUGGAAACCCCAGCAACUACAGUUGACACGGCGUUUUCAGAAGCAGACCCUAGACUAUUGUAUAAUUUGAAGGCCGUUGUUGUCCAUUACGGUACUCACAAUUAUGGUCAUUAUAUAUGCUAUAGGAAACUACGUGGUGUAUGGUGGAGAAUCAGUGAUGAGUCUGUUUAUGUUGUUACUGAAGAAGAGGCCCUUGGCGGUCAAGGAACAUUUAUGUUAUUUUAUGAGUACGAUGACGGCUUUAAAGAGACGUUGCAAGACGUUACCGAUGACGAAGAAGAGUCCAAGGAGGAUGACAACGACGAGGUUCAGGACGAGGAGGAGGGGGAGGAUGAUGACAACGAGGUUCAAGAAAUUGAGUCACAGGGAAGAGUUGAAAGUACAGUUGCUUCCAACGAGACAACAAAUCUUGUUGCGUCUACAUCUGAAGAGACUGAAGUGUAUGAUUUCAAAAAUGCAGAUAACAACAAUGAUUCAACUUCAUCAACUGGCGGGAAAGAAGGUGAUGUAGACAUGGGCAAUAAUGAUUGCGAAUUCAAUGUAGCUGAGGCGCAAGUGCAUUUAUAG